UGACCACUAUACUGGUGUUGCAAGGUUUAUAAUAUUUGGUAAACUAGCUCAGUAUUUGAUUGGAGUUCCGGCGCUAAAUCUUGCAAUAGAUACAAGAGCCAGUAGAUUCAUCCUUUCUUCCAUUAUUCAAAAAAUGCUUAACCUGACUUAUAUCUUUCAAAUUACAUUUGUAUUGCAAAUUUCAGUACAAAUGCUAUUAAUUCAAGGAGACAGUUUUUUAGAAAGCUAAAUCGCAUGCAACCAGUUUAUAUUAAAGUUCCAGUGCUGGUUCUUCUUCAUCUCAAACUGCAGAAGUUGUUACUGCCUCUACCUCUGCAAAAUACGCUUUUACACAGCUUUUCAGAGAGGGAACUCAUUAACCCUUUCUAUCGCUGCAAUUCAAAUGAGGAAUUUUUGCCGACGAUUCCCCUUUCGCUCCCUUCCCCGCGAGAACAUUCCAAUUCCCCGUCAUUUCUUAUCCCAUCACUCUCGUUUCCCCGCCCGCUUCAACUCUUCUGCCAAAAUCCCAGCUUCUUCUUCUUCCAAAGAUACCUGCGCCAAAGGCCCCGCUCCUCUCUCCCUCUAUCAACGGAUCACAGAGCUCGUGGCAGAGGAGAACCCCACGGUCGAUGACAAGGCCAGCAGCGGAAACCCGGUGGCGGAAAAUGGUAGGUCAAGUGCUUGCCAGAUUGCCCGAGAGAGUGAAAGCUCUCUAAAUGCCAAGGAACAGGCGCAAGCGGAGAAUUCAGAGUUAGAAGAUGUUAGCCUGAUAGUUCAGAGGGUUACGGAGAUUGUACGGCUGGAAAAAUCCGAACUUCGCAUGGGGCAGCGCUUGGAUGAGUUGGACCUGCCAUUCAGCUCGGAGAUUGUCGAGAAAGUGCUGAAGAGGUGCUUCAAGGUGGGCCAUUUGGCUCUUCGGUUCUUCAGCUGGGUCAAGCUGCAACCUGGGUUUUGCCACACGACACAGACUUAUAAUGUGAUGAUAUAUAUAGCUGGUGAGGCUGAAGAGUUUGAUCUCAUGGAGAAAUUGGUGGAUGAAAUGGAGGAGGAUUUGUGUGCCAAGGACAUCAAAACAUGGACGACUCUAAUCUCACACUAUGGGAAGGUGAAACAGAUAGGCAAAGCAUUGAGCACCUUUGAGGCAAUGAGGAAAUCGGGUUGCGAACCAGAUGCUGGGGUUUACAAGGCAAUUCUUCGAGCUUUGUUUAAUGUGAGGAAAGCCGAGCUAUCAAUGGAGUUUUACAAGGAAAUGGUUUCUAAAAACAUGUCGGUUGAUGCGAGCCUAUAUCAAUUGCUCAUGAGUUGUUUAGCAAGAUCAGGAGAUGUAGCAGCAGUUCGGUUGGUCGGAGAUGAUAUGGUUAUGAUUGCCAAGUUGUCGGAUAGUGAGGUUUAUGCUUGCAUCUUGAGGAGUUUUUGUAUUGCAGGAAGGAUUGAAGAAGCCCGAAAACUAUUUGAAGAGAUCAAGAAGAAAAAUCUGCUUGUUGAUCUGAAAGUCUUUGAAGUUUUGGUGAAGGGUUUGUGUAGAGCAAGCAAAACAGAUGAUGCUAUUGAGAUUGUCAACAAUAUGAAGCAAAGUUUGGCUAUUGAUGGUCAGGUUUAUGGGUGUCUCAUCGAUGGGUUCAUCAGACAAGGUGAUGUUACAAAGGCCUUACAGCUGUUGCAUGAUAUGAGAGAACUUGGCUGCUUGCCAAUGGUCUCUACUUAUACACAGAUGAUCCAAUAUCUCUUCAGGUCAGAUGAAUAUGGAAAAGCCUGUGAACUCUAUGAGGAGAUGCUUAAAGAUGGCAUUGAACCAGAUAUUGUGGCAAUCACUGCUAUGGUUGCUGGCCAUGUCAGGCACAACCAAAUUUCUGAAGCAUGGGAUGCUUUUAAGAGCAUGAAGAAGAAAGGAAUGAAGCCCACUUGGAAAGCUUAUACAGUGUUCAUCAAAGAACUAUGUAAGGCUUCAAAGCCUAAUGAGGCUUACAAGCUUUUAGAAGAAAUGUUGGAUUCUAAUAUGAAUGCAACUAAUGGAAUAUAUCACUUGGUUAUAUCUUGUCUAACUAGGAAUGGUGAACUAGAGAAAGCUAGGAAAGUUGAGCAGAUAUGGACAUCCUUGAAACUUCAAAGCCUAGGAAACGAAAUGGUCUUCCAAUCAGCUGAUCAUCCUUCUCACCAUGAAGAGCAUAAGAGAUCGAAUUGCUCAUUCAACCAGGGCAUAAAUUAUAUUCAGAAAGCAGAGGCAUACAGUGAGAUUGAUCUUAAACAAGUAUGCAGAAUUCUAUCCUCCUCAACCAGCUGGAACUCAAUCCUGGAAGUACUGGAGAGGAGCAUGAUUCAUUUUACACCCAAAUUGGUUGAGGCAGUUCUCCAUAGUUGCCAAAGACACAGUGGUGCUGCUUUACGAUUUUUUUCAUGGGUAGGGAAACAGUCUGGUUAUGAACACACUGCAGAGACCUACAACAUGGGCAUCAAACUUGCAGGAAGUGCAAAAGAUUUCGAACACAUGAGAAAUCUCUAUCAAGAAAUGAGGAGAAGGGGUUGCUCUAUAACCCCAAAUACAUGGACCAUCAUGAUAGCGCAGUAUGGUCAGGCAGGUCUGACAGAGAUUGCUUUAAAGACUUUCAAAGAUAUGAAGAGCGAUGGCUAUCAGCCGAAUGGCAGUACUUACAAAUAUCUGAUUUUGUUUCUCUGUGGCAAGAAAGGUCGCAAGGUCGAUGAAGCUAUCAAAUUGUUCCAAGAAAUGAUCCAUGUAGGUUACAUGCCAGACAAAGAAAUAUUGGGGUUUUAUCUUUCUUCCUUAUGUGAAUCAGGAAAGUUAAUGGAUGCUAAAGGAUCUGUUAAAACUCUAUGUAAGAGAGGGUUUGCAAAAGAGCUUGGUUACUCAUUGCUCAUUAAGUCUCUUUGCAGAGCAGGGAGAGUAGAAGAAGCUCUUAUAUUGACAGAAGAGUUGGACAAAGUUGGGUGCAGCAUAGAUCAGUAUAUCUAUGGAAGUCUUGUUCAUGCCCUACUAAGACAGGGACGCUUGGAUGAGGCCUUAGAUAAGGUGGAGAGGAUGAAAAAGGCAGGUCUUUCACAAACUGUCCACAUACAUACAUCAUUGAUUGUUCAUUUCUGUAAGGAGAAACAAAUUGGAAAGGCUGUGGAUAUAUUUAAGAAGAUGAGAGAGGAUGGCUGCGAGCCAACUAUUGUUACUUAUUCGGCAUUGAUUCGUGGGUAUAUGAAUAUGGGGAUGAUUGCAGAUGCUUGGCAAAUUUUUCGCUACAUGAAAGUUAAGGGUCCAUUUCCUGAUUUUGAAACUUACUCAAUGUUCAUGACUUGUCUCUGCAAAGUAGGUAGGUCUGAAGACGGUCUCAAACUUAUCAAUGAAAUGUUGGAAUGUGGGAUUAUCCCUAGUGCAGUAAACUUUCGAACUGUGUUCCAUGGUCUAAAUAGAGAAGGUAAACAAGAGUUAGCUCAUUCUGUUCUUCAAACUAAAUGGCUUUUGAAGAGAGAGAGAAUGUUUCUGUAUUAAGUUAUGUUUUUCGAUAAAAGAAUAGCUAACAUAAUUCUUAAAGAAAAUAAAGUCACUAGUAUUUUCCAAAUACCAAAGUCAUCAUUUAUCAUUGUAUAGAAAUCCAAAAAUCCCUAACACUCAGGAGAUUUUGUAAUGCACACUACUCAAGCAUAUGGUUUCUUGUUUCUCUAUUUGGUGGUUUGAGUUCAGUUUUUUCCUAUGCUAGACAUUCUUUGCAGUCUUUUCUGUAACAGUUUUUAUUUUGGACAUUCCAUAUUGCCUUUCCAUGUCAAGACUCUGUGGAUAAACCCACUUAGAUUGUUGUAUUCUUUCUUCCCCUCCAAAGAAAGGGAUAAAUACCACUUUUCACUUAUCAUCUAUUUCUUAGUGUUGUAUUGUUCUUUUCUAGUAUCAAUUCGUGUUGAACUUUAUAUACAGACUAUUAAUGAUUGCUUCAAAGUCUUAUGACUAAGAAACUAUGUAUAUGACUAUUUGUAGAUAUCUUAACUAUGUAAUUUAACAUUUGACUAGUGAUUGCAUUCUCUGUAGCCUACCUUCUUCAAGAUUAAGGUGAUUAUUUCCUUCAGACAUGGAAAACAUUGCAUUGGGCAUUUGCAGUUUCAAUUGAAGUUGUACUUUCAACAAGGGAAAAUUCAAAAAUGGGGUCUUUAAGGUCACGGCUGGUUAUGUUUCUACCUUGAGUACUCAUUUAUAUCAUUCAUAGCUGGUGGGUCUGGUUGAUCUUAGACUCAUGUUAUUUUCUUAUUCGGAUAUGGUAAGUAUACAUCUUGCUAGUAGGGCUAGGAAGCUGAAGCAAAAGCUGAACCAAUCUGGCUAUGAAGCAAAUCCUUCAUCUCUUGUCGACAUUAUUCCAGAUUUUUAAACAACGCUCAAUUUUCUGGUGGAUCUGAAGGACCCUUUUUAGUCAUGUUUCUUUU